UGUAACACAGUGCGGAAACAACCCGUUUUAGACGGUUUACUUUUUUUUAAUUGACAGUGAAGCCAUAAAACACACAAAGGUAAUAAGUGAAUUUAUUACCCGUGUUUAUAUGCUAUCGGACACAUUGCACUCGAUAAUUUUGAAACGCCAAAUCGUUGCUUUUUAAUCACCGUCUGCUGAUCACCCUCUGCUUUUUUUAUGUGUACUUCCGCGUACAAUGUUUUUUUCCCACUGACACACGGCAACUUUCGAACAGGAAACCUAUUAGACGCGCUGCUUUUCGUUUUCUCUCAAUUUAAGGGAGCUUGAUUGACAGGUGCGACCUCCUCCGAUCACGGUAUGGACGCUGAAGAUGCCCACUUCGGGCAGGGUGUGUUUGGGGCUCAGUGCUCUAACCCAGCCAUGAGCAUCAUUGGGGCUGAGGAUGAGGAUUUCGAGAAUGAUCUGAACGAUGCGGUGGAAGACCAGUGUGCACUCUUUGACCAUAUAGAUUUGUUGAAAGAUCGGCCAACCCACCUGCUGAUCUUCAUGCAACAUGUCUUUUUACAGUUUGACCCUGCUCCCAUGCUGUGUUACCUCCAUGCUGACCUCUUCAGGACCCUCAGUGCCAAAGAGACCAAGAAGCAAUUUGUGGAGUUCUACAACACCUUCUUGGACAAGGGUGCAAUUCUCAGAGUGACAGUACCAUACAAUGUGUCCUCUGAGUUGGACCGAACCCGUCCAGAUCUGCUCCCUGAGGAAACCCAAAGACGCUUUGCCCAGGAUGUUCAGUUCAUGCAGGCUUCUGAAGUGGCCAAACAGCUGGAGGACUUCAGGCAGAAGAGGAAGAUGGGUAUGACCCCCAAUGAGGCUGAGCUGGUCGACGUGGAGAGCCACUAUUCCACCGACCGCAUCCCGGUGGAGAUGAAGGAGAAGUCUGUGGCCGAGAACCUGCUGGACAAAAUGUCUGAGACACAACCAACAAUUGUCUCGGACGAGGAAAAAUGCCAAUCCAUCUUUUCAGCGGUCGCCUUCUACAUGAAGCACCUUGGGGUUAAAACCAGGGCAGUUGACAGUAAGAAGUCCAGAGGAGGUUUCUUCAGGAGACAACUGGUAAAGAAUAAGAAAGAUGAAUCCACGAAGGCCAAGCCCAGAGGGGUGUUUCCUGGCAUUAGCUGGAUCGCAGGCAGCACUGAGGUCAAACCUAAAAUGGAGGCUGAAGUGGAAAAGGAGAAAGUGACUCAGGAGCGUAAGGGUCCAGCUCCCAGCAGAGGCUCCUUGACCGACCCUGCAGCCCUUUCCCUACCCAGCAGGAAGUCUGGUUCCAGCGGAGGCCCCGCCUCCCUACCUGGCCUAGAGGUCACUGAUGGCUCAGGCAACAACAUCAGCGCCACCAACAGCCCCGAGUCUUCACACAGUGAUGGCCUCUCGAGCAAUCGCUUAGAGCCUUCGACCGUGUCAGAUGGGGGCGAUGUGUCUCCUGUCGUGCUGGCCGGUGCGCUGACCAUUGGGGAGCCCGCCUCCCCCAACGACACUCCCACAGAGGAGAACCCGGAGAAAGACAGACGGAAGACAAGUAGGAAAGUGAUUCGUAGCGAGAGUGCUCGCGUGGACCGGCACUCAUCUCGUCGCCGUGGCUCUUCCAGGGCCAAACAGUCCCGCUCCCGUAGUGAUGUGGACCUCCAGCCGCUUUCUACCACGACAACAUCACCUGCCCCGCUCACCCCCCAGCACCUCCAUCCUGUCGAGGGACCGGUUUUAGUUCCUGAAGGGCCUGGCCACUCCCCAACCAGCCCUUCCCCACAGCUGGAGGAGGUGGAGCCACGCUUCCUGGAAUUUGAGAGUGACCCGACCAACUGGAGGGAGCUGGCCCUCCCUGAAGCUUUGUCCAAACUCAACAAGAAGGAGACCAAGAGGCAGGAGGUCAUCAAUGAGUUGUUCGCGACAGAGCAUGCCCACGUGCGAAUGUUAAGUGUUCUUCAGAUGGUCUUCUCUAAGCCUUUGGAGAGAGAGGAGCUCCUGACCGCCACUGAGCUUGCUGCCAUCUUCCCCAACUUGGACGAGAUCAUUGACAUGCACUAUAACUUCUAUGAGAACCUGAAGAAACUGCGUGGGGAUGACAAUUUCAUAGUCAGAUCCAUCAGCCCCACAGUGCUCAACAGGUUUGGCGGCACAGAGGGGGAGUGGUUCCAGAAAUUGACAGCUCGGUUCUGCAGUCACCAGUCGUGGGCCUUGGACCAGAUCAAGAGCAGGCAGAAGAGCCAGCCACGCUUCAACUCCUUCAUACUGGAGGCAGAGAGUAAGCCCCAGUGUCGCAGGCUGCAACUCAAGGACAUCAUUCCUAUAGAGAUGCAGAGACUGACCAAGUACCCAUUGCUGCUGGAGAAUAUUGCCAAGAGCACAGAGGACCUGGCAGAGAAGGAGAAGAUCCAACAGAGCGCAGAGUGCUGCAGAAAGAUCCUCAACCAUGUCAAUGAGGAGGUCAAAGUGAUGGAGAACCUAUUGACUCUGAAGGACUACCAGCGUAGAUUGGACACAUCAGGGCUCAAACCAAGUAAUGAGCUUUAUACUGAAUAUAAGAACAUUGACCUGACUCAGAAGAAGAUGCUUUAUGAAGGUGCUGUGACCUGGAAAGUCACAAAAGAGAAAGCAAUUGAGGUGCAGUGUGUGCUGCUAGGGGACAUGCUGGUGCUCCUACAGAGGCAGGAUGACAAGAUGGUCCUCAAAUGCCAGAGCAAGAGUAACAUCGCCGUGCAGGAGGGCAAGCAGAUGCUGAGCCCCAUCAUCAAGCUAGACUCAGUCUUUCUCCGCGAGGUGGCCACAGAUCGAAAGGCCUUCUACGUGAUAUUUACCUGGGAUAGCGGUGCUCAGAUCUAUGAGCUGGUGGCCCAAUCUGUUGUAGAGAGGAAAACCUGGACUGAGGUGAUAAAGACUGCAGUGGAUGAUCUGAAGAAGAGUGGAACACCCAUGAGGUUAACGCUGCCUCCUGGAGGUGGAGGAGCUCCUUUCAGUCCCUCCUCGCUGACUGCGCCUCUGAGCCCGACUGAGAAUGGAGGUUCAAAAAACAUCAGUGAUCAAGAUAAGGACAGCUUGACGGAUGAAAAGUCUUCAGACCCCAGGCACAGGCUGAUUGAUUUCCUGUCAGACAAAGGCUUCGACUUGAUAGGCCACUCCAACAGCGAUCAGGAGAAGGUUGCCAUCAGUGCUUUGGAUGAAGUCAUGUUACUGAAAAGGCUGCUGAUCGGCAGCAUCAGCCUAUCAGAAGACUCGCAGCCUGAUGAAGAAAACGGAGAGGAGCAAUCACAGAGGCCCAGUCAAGAAAUGGAUAGCUGUCAAUCAACAGAAGAAAACCAGACCACAGACAGAGGAGCGGAGGAGAAGAGUGAUAACACUUGUGAAAAAGAGGGUGCAGGGACGAAAGGAGAGGAGGAGAGAAGCAUCAGUGCGCCCCUGGUGUUGUCCCAGGAGAGGAUGGUUGAAGUGUGCCGUAGGCUCUGCAGUCUGGAGGAACAUCUAAAGAGAUUACAGAUUGUAGAAGAGGAGCACCACAGGCUGCAGGAGGCCCUUUCCAAGUUCUCCCUGGAGGGAGGCAACUUCCAGUAAGACACCAUCACGCCACCUGCUGGCCCCUGGAUUUUUACUGGUGCUGGUUUGGAGUGCAAGAGUGACUUUCAAAGGCUUCCAUGGAAAUUCCUGAGCUUUCAUAAGUCAUGCCUGGACGCUUGCUGCCUUUUUUGUAUGUGUCACAGCUGUUUGCAGCCGAGCAAGAGAGUUUUCUGCCCAAUGGAGGGGAGGGAGGGCUUUGUGCUCAGUGCAGUGGAACAUGGGAGGGGUGUGCAUGUGUAUGUGUGUCUGUUUGCAUGCAUGCUCGGUAGAGAUGUCUACAAGAAGAAAGAAAAAAAAAAAAGAAAGAAAAAAUUAGACAUCCUGCUUUUGAGUGGGAUGUUGUAUUUGCAGAGGGGUGCCAAAAAAAAAAAAAGCAAUAUUUUUGCCGUGAGAGAGAUGCUGCCUAACAUAAUGUAGAGAUUGCAAUCUGCUGUAACACACAUAUACACACCAAAGACAUGCACGCUACAAAAUAAAUUACAUUGUUGCCAGUAGCAGAUGUACAGUAAUGGAGAAAUCCUGUUUGCUUGCCAGUUUUUAGCUAUACGAGGUGGAAUAUCACAUUUGAAGAUGUAUUAAAAUACUUCUACUGAUAGUAUAGUGUUAUUUCUAGUCUGUGCCAAAGUACCACAGAGAUGCACUUUUUUCUGAUCAAUACAAGUUUAACCCACACUGUUGUUGCAGUUGGGCUUCACGUCACCAUUGGGGAAAAAAAAUGCAUGCAAGAAAGUGUGUGUAUGUGUGUUACAUAUUUUUUAUUACGGAUGUGCUUUUUUGGAGGGUUGUUACUGUAAUUAGAUCACAUACAAACAUUUAUAAAUAGUGGCACUAUAGGUAUCAUGCUGUUAAUAAUGGAGUCUUGUUUGUAUGUACCGCUUUUAUUUAUUUAGUCCUGUUAAGUCAGUGAGUUGCUUCACCAGAUGUAAAAGUAUUACAGCAGUGGGCCAAAAAGACAGAGCAAUGUGUUAGAGAAAAGAUGAGACAGAAGAAGGAAAAGUUUGAAUGUGUAAAAAAAGAUCAAGAUAGAGAGCGAAGAAGGCAGAUGUUGGGAUGGGGAGGGAGUUAAGCUGUUGUUGCUUUGGUUUAUUUUAAGCUAGCUUGAACCAGACGGUCAUGAGAAGAUGUGUAGAAAACAUGAGAUUAGGGUUAGUUUACACUUACUUACUGUACUGACGAAAAGUGACACACACACACACACACACACACGCUUGCAUAUACAUCUACAAACACUGAGGGCCCAGUGUUACAGAAGUGUUAAAAAAAAGUUUGUUCAGUGCCAGUGUCAUUUCUGUAACAUCAGCUCCCCCUCAGAUAGAGUUCACAGCUCCUGAUCCAAAACACGGACUUAAGAUUUGGUUAUAAAUUGUAUUGUAUUACGUUUCACAAGUUAUUCAUGAAAAAAAAAAAAUCUAUUCUUCCCUGGCAGCAAUAUUUGUAUCAAAAUUUAGCUCUGUCUUUGUAUUUUAUUCAGCAGUUGAUUGUAAUUAAUCAUGAUGAUAUAAUUUCUGAGUAGCAGCAUAACUGUGGUCAUGCACACAGGACCAAAGAUAUAACAAAGCACCGUUAGAUCCUCAUACAAGCUGUCAUUUCCGUGGCAUGUUUCAUCUGUAUAUUAGCAUGUCAUUGAUGCUGAUGCAGGAGUGAUGGCGCAGCAGCACAGGCUGCAUGCAAACAGCUGCUUUCCCUCUCCCCAGACUCCCAACAUGUGGCAACUUAGGUAAAGGGAUUUCAAAAGCACAUAAAUGGACGAAGGAUUGGUUGUCAAGGAGAAUACCUGGUUUUCGAUUCUUAAAUGAAUGUACAAGAAUAAUGUUAGGCUGCUUCGGCUUUAUGACCAAACCCAAACUAGAUCCGGGACUUCUUCUAUACACUUCAGUGAAUUUCAUCAGCAUGAAAUUAAUGAGAAAAGUUUUCUUCAGUAUCUGUGUGUAAGUAAAUGCCAGUGUGACUGUCACAAGCUCUUUUUUGUUUCUGACCUGGAUAUGGCACUGUUAACACUUGUGGUGCUAAGAUCAACACAUGGUUCCAGUAGCCGAAAAAAGGCCUGAGCAAUAAAACAAUGAAGCCAGAUGAAGAUUCUAAGGAAACAUUGAUGGUUUGGAGGAAGCCUACAGUCUCAUUCCAGUGUCACUCUUACCAGUACUGUUAUCAAGAUCACUUCCUGAUAUGCAUUCUCAUCACUGUUGCCACAACAACAAAUGCCCCCUCUGACCCUACUGAACCUCAUUAUGAAAUUAUGCAAAUGCCAGUGCCAUUAGUCACUUGUGUCACAAGUUGCUAAAUUAUAUAAGUUUGUGUUUGAACUUUUCUGCCACCUCUCCUGGUGUCUUCCUCUUAGAAACUGUACAUAACUACCUUGAAGGAGAAAAAUUUAGAGAAAGUAUAAAUUAGAUAAAUUAGCCCAAUUCUUUGUGUUUAUUAAGCUUAUUAGUUACAUACACCUCUUGAUAACACGCUCACCUCUUGUGAUAGCAUGAUCACCUUUUUCCUACUGCACAGUUUUUCCAUAUGUUGUGUAUUUCAUUUGAUGUACUUUAAACGGGUCGGGGAGGUUUUUUUUUUUCAUUGUUUUUCAAAGAAGCUUUUGUAAUUAUGUACUAUGCAUUUGGCUGUAGUGGUGAGAGAGACAGGACUUGUCUGUAACUUGUCUAUGCAUGAACAAAUUUAACAAUUAUGCAAAUGUUGUAACCAUGGUGUAUUCUUUAGAGUGCAAGUUACUGCGCAAACCCACACGGUGCUGUGGCCAUCCAGCUGACCAAUGAGAUGCAUUUAAAGAGAUAAUCUCAACCAGGGAUUUUUUAACAGUUAAACUGCAGUGGUCAGCAGGUGAAACCCUGUUAACACCAGCUUACAGUGAUACCUUCACUUUUCACUGGCUGAACGACUACUACAGGCACUUCUCCCUCUCUCUCCUCCAGAUGCGUUUCCUCAUGUAUUCUAUAUACAAAUACCUAGAUGUAUAGAAAAUGUAUUUAUAGAGUGGUGCCUUGUUCUGAUAAUCAAGUUGUUUGAUUCAUAAAGGGCUCUUGAGUCUACAAACACAAUCACUGUUGUUUUGGUGGGCUGUCUUUCAUGGAGGAUCUCAGUGAGGCAGUGAGAGACGAUGAGCAAAUGACCAAUUAGCAUUGAGGGAUCAUCCAAGGAUUCUGAUUGGUUGGUUUCAAGGUUGGGAGCUUGGCCUACAACACACUGUUUUUGUGUCCAACUCCAUUACAGCAAUAGGAUUUGAGCCCUCCACCUACUCUGCCAGCCAGUGCCCUGUAUAGAAAAAGACACUGCUUUUUGUCAUGCAGGCAUCUGCCAUCUUGUCUCUCUAUAAACAAAGAAUAUGCAAGAACUAUAUUGUGUAUUUGGGUUUUGAUUUUUAUUGUGUAAGAGGCUCUUUAAUGAUGUAUACUUAAGGAAAAUUGUGGUACGUUUGUUUUUUAAUUCUUAAUUUUUUAAAAUAAAUUGGGGAAAUAAA